AUGAAGCCCCCCACCACGGAUGCGGGCAAGGACGCCACCCGGUACGCCUUCCAGGACAUCACGAGGUCCGACCAGUGGCACAGCCACAUGAGAGACGAGCACAUCAGCUUGCUGGGCCCGCGCGUGAGGAACGCCGUGCGCGGUGACAUCCGCUUCAUCGCAGACAUGUUCCUCUUCUACGGGCUGAGCAUCCCUGGUGGCGGCACCGCUUUGCCGCUCGACGGCAUCGUUCAGCUGUACCGCGAUUGCAAGCUCGCUUGCCCGCGCCUUCGACUGCCGCCUCAGGCGGCCGAGGCUUUGUUCUACCAGGUCCAGGCGGGCUGUGCUGAGCAGCAGCGAGGCCUCGAUGAGCUCGGCUUCCUCCGGUGGCUGCUGCGCGCUGCUCUGCGGCGCGACGCCGGCGCAGCAGGCGCCGAGCGCGCCCCCGCUGGCGAGCUAGCAGGCCCCCACCAGCCGCUGGGCGCGGCGAGGUGCUUCACCCUGCUGGUACAGGAGCACCUGCUGCCCCACGCGUGCGCACCUCCGCCGGAUGCCUUCGAGCAGACUGCCCGCGACCACGGCACCCGGCGCCUGCUGGCUGCGCACGAGCAGCUCCUCCGGGCGAUCUUCGAGUGCUUCGCCCGCGGCGAGGAGCCCCCGCCCGUAGGCGCCCCAGGCGUCCAGCCGGUGCGCACCAUGGUCUGGGGCGAUUUCUGCGAGGUGCUCGCCGCCAGCGACCUGCUCGGGGGCCUGCUCGACGAGAGAGCCGCCCGCAGCGUCUUCGCCAGCUGCGUCUCCAGGCGAGCGGCCGUGGCGUGCUGCGGGUCGCGCCGGUGCGCCGCCGCGCGCGGGAGCGCCCCAGAGGAGGCCCGGUGUCUGCGCCCCAGCAGAGACAGCAGACGCAGCUCGUCCCCGGCGGGGUCGGCGUCCGACGUGGACAGCCCCACCGGCAGCCAGAGCGGCGCGUGCGCGCGCAGCAGACGCUGCGUGCGCCUGGAGGCCGCGCUGUCUGCGCCGCCACCGCCGCCGCUGGUCGCCCCGCGGCACAGAGCGGCGACCGCGCCGCCCAGGCUGGCUGGCGGCGAGCGCGCAGGGCGGCCGAGGGGCAGCGCGGCCAGCGGCUGCGCAGCGAGGCGCUCCUCCUUGAGGGAGCCGGGCCUGCUUUUCGAGGACUUCCAGCAGGGCUUGCUGGCGGCGCUCUGGCACCGCAGCCCAAGCCCGCUGCAGAGCGCCGUGAGCAGGGCCUCAGGGCUCCUCGGCGCCCUCGUGGCCGGCCUCAGCGACCACUGGCUGCACGCGGAGGUCCCGGACCCGGAGACGAGGCCCCGGGAGCACCAGCUCCACACGGCCGUGACCGAGGGGCUGAGCGUCGUGACCCUGGCGCGGCCGCAGGCAGAGCAGAAGGACGCCUGCGCCGCCGGCGCGGAGCCUUCGUGGGACACCUCGGGCGACGACAGCUACUCGCUGUGGGCGUCGCUGGCGCGCCAGGCGAGGCGAGACGCGCUCCGCGAGGAGCACGCUGGCGGCGCUCGCCGUGCUGCCACGGCGCCGCCAGGGCUCUGCCAGCGUGAGCGCCAGCGGCGCUCCACUGCUUUCGCGCGGCGCACGUCGCGCGGCAGCACUUUCGAGCGCCACGCCAGCCUAUUCCAGUGGAGGCGCAGCGUCAGCCGCAUGAGCUGCCACGGCCGCACGUUGACGGCCCCGGCCGCGCACGGUAACCGCGUCAGCAUGCUCCUCAGCAGGUGA